AUGCUUGGAGGUCUCCUCUUCUCCUUCUGGAGGAUCGCGGAGAUUGUGACUCUGAUUCCGAUCAUUGGCAUGCUGGCAUGGUUCGUUGACGGAUUCAACCACAACAACCAACUCACCCCAUCCUUUAUUCUCGUCCUCUUCAUCGUUUCCAUCUUAGCCUGCGCAUGGGCCCUUGCGACCCUGAUCCGUCUCGGAUCCACCCGUCGAUCCGCAUUAUUUGUCGCUUUCAUCGACCUCUGCUUCGUCGGCGCCUUCAUUGCGGCAGACUACUACCUCCGGGGCAUUGGGGAUGCCAACUGCGCGAGCUUUGAUACUGGCUCCAUCUACGUUGACCUUGGUCCGUUUGGAUAUUAUGGACGGAACAGUGGUUCGUCAUGGGCGCUCCACCUCAACAAGAACUGUGCCAUGCUGAAGGCUUCUUGGGCUCUGGGAAUCAUGAAUACCGUCUUCUUUUUCUUCACAUUUAUUCUGGCUCUGUUCCUCCACCGCCAUGAAAAAACUGUCGUGGUAAAGGAGGUCAGGAGAUCCAGACAUAGCAGCAGGAGAGGCCAUUCUCGUUCAGGGUCUAGGAGAAGCAGCAGUCGUCGUCGUUACUAUGUCUAG